CAUGGCACGCGCUGGUUUGCAGCAGACCAGGAAGGACGGGGAGUGAGAGAAAGUGAUCGAAAGAGAGAGAGCGAGAGUGAUUCUGGUGGGGCUGUUUGCCUGCCUGGCUCGCUGGAACUACGCUGCGUCCACGUUCUCCAUUCCCUUACUUCUACUUUUCCAUCACUGAGCAGUUUUUUUCCCCUUCGCCCCGAUCGAUGUAAUCACGCGCACUGCUCAAGAAAGUGGUUGGAUGGGACGAACCCACUCGCCAAUGGUCGCAAUUGCGCUUUCUGGGAGGUUGUUGGAAUCGGAGCUGGAGUUGUUGUGGGGGUUUUUGAGGUUUGCAGGUUGGAGAGUUUGACUUUUGAACCCUAAUGUUGAAUUGAGGGAGCGGUGAUAGAGAUUCGAUGGCGGGGUUUAUGGUGGCGGAGCAAGGUUUGGGAGGUUGUGGAUUGUUGGUUUGAAUGGAAAGGCUGGAAACGUUCUAAUUGGUCUAUAAUCUUAUGAGUUUUGGGGUAUAUCUCCCAAGGAGUGUCUUUGUGCCGGGUUGAGAGGGUUUGGUCACUCAACUAUAUGAAAUUAUAGCUCAAUCUUGACUUCUUGACUUCCAAAGAGCGUGGAGUUCGUGUCGAGAAAUUGAGGCGCAGCUGGUGUGGUGGUGCCGGAACCGAGAAAGACAAAGGGGGUGGAAUUGCGCUUGCCAUUGCGAGUUGAAGUAUUACAGUUCUAGUGUGUUUUCGAAGGUGGAGAAAGGUAGCAGAUGCCUUGGAUUUGCAUGAGUGUUGUCUGUGGAGCAGAGUCGGAACUCAUCGUCGUGUUUGGGUAGUAACUGGAAAUUGGAAGCCGCUCAUUUUGAUUUGAAAUUGCAAGUAACUUGCUGUGGAGUACCUUAACAGUGGCACAUUUGGCUCUAAAAAAGGAUGUCAUUUAAGAUUCUUGUGAUCGAAUUUUUGGUCACUUCAAGUUUUAUAACUCCUGCUCGAUAGUGAGAUUUAGUAUAUUAGUUUUUGAGGAGGCACGAUGGGGAGACAUGUCCUUGAAAACACGGGAAGGAUGAAUUUGUGGAUGGAUUGUAGCACGUCUCAUUGGGUAUAAUCCGCUUGGAGAUGGCAUGGAGAGGACAACAAGUUGACAUCCCUUUGGACUGGAAUCCAGCUUCUUCCCUGCAAGCUUUUGCGGGUGUAGUCGAAUUCAUUGUGGUUCUUGUCUUUUGUUUUAUUCAUUACGCAGCGUUUCGAGUUCUAGGUAGAGUUGGCUCAAACCCUCCAAAUUCUUGUCGUAAUCGAUUGAGAGGAAAAUUGAGAAAGACCAAUUAUUUGAUAUAUUUUCUAGGUCGCAAUGGAAAACUUUGCUGGGCUAGUUGCUGCAGAUAGUGCAGUAAAUAAUAGAUUAGGUCAAAUUUCUAAGGAUUCAUUGGCAGAGUCUGCGUCUGAAGAUGUAAGUGUUGAGAAUGAAUUAGGUUACAUUUCACCGGUUAGGAAUGUCAAAGAUCAAGAACAGGAAGAUAGGGACAGAGACCAAGAUUUGAAGGACAAGGAACUUUAUGAAGCUCUUCAGUGUGAACGUGAAACACUGGCUGCUCUGUACAGCGAGUUGGAAAAGGAGAGGAAUUUCUCCGCAACAGCUGCUAGUGAAGCUCUUGCAAUGAUUUCUCGUUUGCAAGAGGAGAAAGCUGCUGUACAACUGGAGGCUCGGCAAUUCCAGCGGAUGGUCCUCGAGAAGGCAAUGUAUGACCAGGAGGCAAUUGAAGCCUUGAACGAACUUCUCAUGAGUCGAGAGGAAGAGAAGCUUGCGUUGGAAGAAGAAAUUCGUGUGUGCAGAGAAAGAUUAGACUCUGUUAUGAAGGAAGAGAGGAGACAAUCAUUGAAACCUAAUGCGAUCUCUGAAUCACCAAUUUUAAAUAGAACCGGAAAGGUUAUUGUGACUCCAAGGGCUGUGAAAGAAGAGCAACCAAAGUGUAUUGAUAAGUUUAGCACCACCAAAAGCCAGCUCUACGCUGCAUUAAUACCUGACGCAGGUCGUGGUAUCGAAGCUGAAUUUGAGAAGGCUCAAAUAGGUGUUAGACCCAAAGUGGCAGGCCGUGAAAAUGGUUCCAGGAUUCCUCCUGCUAACUUGAAGAGCAAGGUUGGGAAGUCCGACGAGGGAGAGGAUGGAAAACAUGAAUUGACAGGGUACGUCAGCCUGAAAAGGAGAUGGGGUGCUCAGGAAGUGUCGCUAAAGACUUUGGACCAAACCAAGGAGGAAAGACGGAUAGAAGAGAAAAGGCUUUCCGUUUUAGAGUUUGUCCGAAAGUUUGAACAGCAACAGCAAGGGGCAAGACUUCCUGUCUUACAAUCAUCUACCAAGCAUAGAAGUGGCGGUGACUCUAGGUCUAAAGCGCAUAGUGAUGAUGUUGAAGAAGGCACAGACUCACUAUCAUCGAGUAAGAACGAGACACCUUCGAGAGUUCUCACAAGAGAUCAUUCUAUGCGACGUAGACUAUUCCAGGAAGAUCAGGGUGACGAAGAGCGGGUCUUUAAUGUGUCCCCAGAGGAUGCCGAAGACGGAGGCAUCUAUGAUAGGCGUCGUAGUUGCGUUGGCACCAACGAAGUUGUUGAUGAUGAAAUGUGCAAGGGUAUCGAUGAUACAGAACAGUGUUCGGAGGAAACAUUGUUCGUGCAUGAUGUUUAUGAGGUGCAGAAGUUGGGGCCUGGAACGGAAGAUGCGGACUAUGUUCGCAAUUUUUCAAGUGCAGAGCCGCACCCAACAACCCCUUCAGAUCGCCUUGGCAAGCCAGAUUUGCAUAGUUUUGAUAGGGGUGAUAGGGAUUACGAGAGCGAACCAGAGCCCUUAUGCUUCAUUCACCCUGCACACCUUGAUGAAGACGUUGACGACUUAGACAAGGACUCUCCAUGGGAGGACUUACAAGGGAAGGUUAGGUACAAGAACCUACGGGUUUCUUCUUCGCUUAGGGGAGACGACACUAGCUCAGGUGUGGAAGAAGAAAUCGAGAACUUGACAAAUCGCUUGAAAACUUUGGAAGCUGACAAAUAUUUCAUGAAACAAGUUAUUGAAUCUUUGAAGAGAGAGAAUGGAGAGAUGAAGCUUGCUCAGCAGUUGCGCGAGUUUGGGCGAAUGGAACAGCAAGAGCUGUGGCCGAAACGGUUGCCGAUGACAUUUCAGUUUCAGGGCAUGAUGUCAUUCGCUCGUUUGUGCAACAAUGCUCAGGCCCGUUUGAACAAAUUAGCAUUUACAUGUCUAAGAGACUCCGACACAACGGGAUCCGAAAGGGAGCGCUCUGUGGGACUGAGUCGCCUUCUCCAACAAUCACCCAAAGGUUUGCCUGGUACAUGUUUGACCCGUGUGCGUAAAGCGGAGGAAAUUAUCCCCACUACAAUUUUGUCUCGGAAGAUAGACAAAUGGCCUUUUUCCAGGACACUCAAUCUGAUACAGCGUUGAGCAUCAGUUGAGAUAUUUUUUGUCAGUUAAUAUUUUACCUAGAAGUAUUGCUCCCUUGUGUAAACCCACCAUUGACAUAAAAGCAUCCAAGCUAGUUUGGAAUGCAUUU